AUGCCUGAGUCAGCAGUUUUGUUCAAAACGCAAGGUUCUCAAGACCAAGAGGUCGUUGUAACAACGGGUCUCGAGAUAUUUUCGAUGCUAAAGUUCUUCAAAAGAAAGAUCACACUCAUUCUUACAUUUAUUUUUGCCUGUAUUUCGGGAAUAUGUCCUCUAAUCAUGGUAAAGCUUAUUGGUGGUAUUACGACAGACCUAUCUUUAGGUGAAUCCCAGGAAGAAGGAGAUUUUAUGAAAAGUAUUAUAAAAAACAUCAUUAGGAUGGCAAUUGCAGAUGCAGUUAUGCUUGUUACUAACCUCAUAUCUCAAUGCCUAAAGUCAUUUUGCACUCCACAAUUUUCCCAUGAUCUUAGGUCUGAAAUCUACGGGAACCUAAUCGUAAAACCGAUAGAUUAUUUCGAUAAUGCUCAGACUGGUACACUUAUCGCCAGACUUUCAGAAGAUGUCACGUUGAUCAAAGAGACCUACUGCGAUAAGGCGAUAGAAGCCUCAAAGAACUGCGCCUUUGCUCUUACAGGAGUAAUUAUCGCCUUUACGACAUCUUGGCUUGUAUCACUCAUUUGGGUUGCAACACUCCCUCUUAUUAUUACCAUUUUCAUGCUCACCGAGAAAUGUGUUGGUCAUAUGUGGCACAAAUACAAUGACAAAUCAACUUAUGCUAUGGCCAAAGCAGAAGAAGUCAUUACACAGUUCAGAACAGUGAAGUCAUUCGACAAUGAACUCAAUGAGUACGAGAAAUAUGCCGAGAGCCUUGAUGGUGUUGAUAGAGUCUAUACGAAAUCUGCCUCCAUUCAAGGUUUCAAAUACGGAAUUCUGACAUUCAUUGAAAACGGUCUCAUCAUAAUGCUGUUCUACAUCAUGUGUUACUUCAUUAUCAAGAAACCAAAGUAUGGCUUACAGCCAGGAGACUGCAUUACACUCAUUAUAUCAGUUCUAAUAGCGGCAAUGGGAUUUGCGGCAAUGUUUUCAUCUUCAGACGACUUCAGGAGAGCAAACAUUUCAUCACGAAAAGUACUCUCUAUUAUAAAUACUGACAACAAAGAAAAAGAAGUUCAAUCUAAACCUGAAAUCAAAUGUGUUACCGGUAGAGUUGAUUACUUCAAUGUAUCAUUCAAGUAUAAAGGAAGAGAAGAAUAUGCUCUUAAUAACUUCAGCAUGACUGUUGAAACUGGACAAACAGUGGCAAUUGUUGGAGAGAGUGGAAGUGGAAAAUCAACAGUUCUCCAUCUUUUGCAGAGAUUUUAUGAUGGCUAUGAAGGAGAAAUCACAAUUGAUGGUCACAAUGUAAAGGAUUUCAGUGACAAAAGCAUUCGUUCUAAUAUUGCAUCCGUUCCUCAAACUCCUGUGAUCUUCUCAAUGCCCAUUGAAGAUAACAUUAAGUAUUCGCAUCCAAAUGCUUCCCAUGAUGAAGUUGUUUCAGCUGCUAAUAGUGGAAAUGCACAUGACUUCAUAAACAAUAUGUCUCAAUCAUACAACUCUGAGGUAACACAGAACUCCUUAUCAGGAGGCCAGAAGCAGAGAAUUUGCAUUUCACGAGCAAUUGUUGCAAACACUCCAAUCAUUAUUCUUGACAAAGCAACGGCAUCACUUGACACAGAAUCUGAAAGUCUUGUCCAAAAAUCAAUUGAGAAUUUUCACGGGCAGAAGACUGUCAUAGUUGUGGCCCACAGGUUGUCAACAGUCAAAUCAGCUGAUAUCAUUUAUGUUAUGAAAGAAGGUUGUGUUGUUGAAAAAGGUAAUCACGAACAACUUCUUUCAUUAAAUGGAGUCUACUCUGAUUUAGUUAAAUAUCAACUUCAGUAA